GCGGUCGGGGGCGGGCGGCGCCCCCCGGGGCCCCUGUGGCGGCGCUGCGGUAGCGGGCGGGCGAAUGCGGCAGAGGGAAGCGGCGGCGGCUGGCGGGAGCCGCUCCUCCCUUCGCCUGUCCCCUCCUCGCCGCCGGCUGGUGGCGGAGCCGCCCCGGCGCAGCAUGGCUCUCCCCGGGGCAGGCGCUGAGAUGCCCAGACAGUUUCCAAAGCUGAACAUCUCGGAGGUGGAUGAACAUGUGCGGCUCCUAGCAGAGAAAGUAUUUGCUAAAGUCCUCCGAGAAGAAGACAGCAAAGAUGCCUUGUCACUAUUCACCGUGCCUGAAGAUUGCCCUAUUGGGCAGAAAGAGGCCAAGGAAAGGGAACUUCAAAAGGAACUGGCAGAACAACAGUCUGUGGAGACAGCCAAAAGGAAGAAAAGUUUCAAGAUGAUUCGAUCUCAGUCUUUAUCAUUACAAAUUCCAUCUCAGGAAUGGAAAGCACCGUCUGCCAAUCCUGUUCUGUCUCCUACAACACCAGUUCUUCAAAGUGGUUUUCUGCCAGUCCAGGUGCCAUACGAUGUACCAGAGUUUCAGAGAGUUUCAAUUAGUGGGGACUACUGUGCAGGGGUUACAGUUGAUGAUUAUGAGCAAGCUGCCAAGAGUCUGGUGAAAGCUCUUCUCAUUCGAGAAAAAUAUUCACGUCUUGCCUACCAUCGCUUCCCAAGAACAACAUCCCAGUAUUUGUGUAGCAUGCAACAUGAAAAAUGGAAGGUUGAAGAUGAAGUUCAUCCAGACUUCCAUUCACCCCCAGAUGAAAAUGAAGAUCCUUACAAUCUUGAUGAUGCUCCAGACAAUUUGGAUUAUGUUAUCAAGAUAAAAGGUGGCAUUCCCUUUGUUUAUGAUAACAAAGAAAUGAUGGAACUCAAUGAGCCUCGGAGUUUGCCAUAUCCUGACCUGGAGACCUACACUCUUGACUUGAGCCAUGUUCUUGCUCUAAUUGCAGAUGGUCCAACAAAGACAUACUGUCAUCGUCGGCUUAACUUUUUAGAAUCCAAAUUUAGCUUGCAUGAGAUGUUAAAUGAAAUGUCUGAAUUUAAAGAACUAAAGAGCAAUCCCCAUCGAGACUUCUAUAAUGUGAGAAAGGUUGAUACUCAUAUCCAUGCUGCUGCUUGCAUGAACCAGAAACACUUACUGAGGUUUAUAAAGCAUACAUAUCAAACAGAGCCAGACAGGAUUGUUGCAGAGAAAAAAGGCAAGAAGAUGACCUUAAAGCAAGUCUUUGAAAGCCUUCACAUGGACCCUUAUGACCUCACUGUAGACUCUUUAGAUGUCCAUGCAGGUCGUCAAACAUUUCAUAGAUUUGACAAAUUCAAUUCUAAGUACAAUCCAGUUGGUGCCAGUGAGCUGAGGGACUUGUAUUUGAAAACUGAGAACUACAUUGGAGGUGAAUAUUUUGCUCGCAUGGUCAAGGAAGUAGCCCGUGAACUAGAAGAAAGUAAAUACCAGUAUACGGAACCCCGAUUAUCCAUUUAUGGACGGUCUCCUGAUGAAUGGCUGAACUUGGCAAAAUGGUUCAUUAAACAUAAAGUUUAUUCCCCAAAUAUGCGCUGGAUAAUUCAGGUUCCCAGGAUCUAUGAUAUAUUUAGGACAAAAAAUAUUCUGCCUAGUUUUGGGAAGAUGUUAGAGAACAUUUUUGUACCUUUGUUUGAAGCAACAAUCAAUCCCAAAGACCACAAAGAACUGCACCUUUUCCUCAAAUAUGUGACUGGCUUUGAUAGUGUUGAUGAUGAAUCCAAACAUAGUGGCCAUAUGUUUUCUGACAAAAGCCUUAACCCUGAUCUCUGGACCAGUGAGAAGAAUCCCCCAUAUAGCUAUUAUUUGUAUUACAUGUAUGUCAACAUCAUGUUGCUGAACAACCUUAGGAAGGAAAGAGGCAUGUGUACUUUUCUGUUUCGACCUCACUGUGGAGAAGCUGGGUCUAUCACGCAUCUUGUAUCAGCCUUUCUGACAGCAGACAACAUUUCUCAUGGAUUGCUCUUGAAGAAGAGUCCUGUCCUCCAGUAUCUUUAUUAUCUUGCACAAAUACCCAUUGCCAUGUCUCCACUUAGUAACAACAGCCUGUUCCUGGAGUACUCAAAAAAUCCACUACGGGAAUUUCUACAUAAGGGACUUCAUGUCUCUCUCUCUACAGAUGAUCCUAUGCAGUUUCAUUAUACCAAGGAGGCUCUCAUGGAGGAAUAUGCUAUUGCAGCCCAGGUGUGGAAACUAAGUACCUGUGACUUGUGUGAAAUAGCAAGAAACAGUGUGUUACAGAGUGGAUUGUCAAAUAAGGAAAAACAGAAAUUCUUAGGGUUGAACUAUUGUAAAGAAGGACCUGAGGGAAAUGACAUUCGAAAGACAAAUGUUGCACAGAUCCGGAUGGCUUUCAGGUAUGAGACACUGUGCAAUGAACUUAGCUUACUGUCUGAUGCUAUGAGAACAGAAGAGAUUUCUACUCUGUCAAAGUAGUUACAAACUCAAAGAAACCAGAACAUUUUAUUCCCAAGCAGGAUGAGAGGCUAAUUGAAUCAUCUGUUGUUGAUGCUACCAAGACACAACUGAACAGUAUGGAGAAAAACAGAGUAGCUAUGGAAGGCAAACAGCAUUUGCUGCUUUCUUUUACAGCAUUAUUCUCACUGCAAAAAUUUCAGUUUCUACAAACAGUAGGGUUUGUAAGACCGCUGUAAAUAUUAGAUGCAAACUCAGAAUUAUGUAUAAUUUGUUUCGUACAGUCCUAACUGUGCAUUAUAUUGUAGCUUGCAAAACUGCAGAGAUUAUAGAUAAUGCAUCUGUAAGAUGCAUCAUAGGAUACUGCAGAUGCUGACAGAGUACAUGUACAUGCACCUGUUUUUGUCCUGCAAAUCUCAGUAGCAAUCAUGGCAUUUACCAAUUGGAAGUUUAAACUUCCCUUUUACUCACUAGCAGAUCGUAUGUUGUGUAUAAUUUAGAGGCUACCCUCUCAUUCUGGAAUGUGUCCUGACACAAUUUUUACCUUAAUGUUUCGCCAGUUAAAUUGGAAAACAAGAAAAAGCAAAAUUUGGUAGUCACAUUUAGUGACAAAUUAAUUGUUUCCUGUUGUCAUGUAGGAUAUCUGUGAAGAACAGCAGAUUAAUGCUCUUUAAUCUAAUAGGUAGAAAACACGGUGUCAAAAUUGUCACUACUGUACAUUGUAAUAAGAAGUGUAAUUACAUUAUGAAAACUUUGUCUUGUAAGCUGAGAACACUUUUUUAUUGCUUUGUAAUCAGAAUAUGUGGGUAUGCCAGUUCUAAUUACUUGAAAAUUUACACAGAUAAUUUUGGUUGCAUGUAAUGAGAAAUUUUUUACUUGAACAAAGGAAGUGUUCUUACAAAUCAGUGGUAGAAACUUCAGUCCUGGGUUCUGAUCCUACUUCUGAUGUCUUCUUACAGAUUUGUGUUAGUUUUUACUUUAGUCAAUUACAGAGUUGAAUGAGAAGUCAAACGAUUUAUACAGAGCUACCCCACUUGAAAGAGGUCAUUUCAAAUGUGAACUUACUAUUUAUGACAGUGGUUAGUAAAAUAAAUACAGCUACUGCAGUAUUUAUCACUUUGAUUCUUUUUGAUUCUUUUUUCUAUUUGAACAUCCUUCUUAAGACAAAGCUUCACUCAGAAAGGAGAAGAAGUAAUAUUACAAGGUAGUAUCUCCAUAUAGUAGAAAUUACAGGUAGUUUCACACCAAAAAGGAUUUCAAGGCUAGGGGCAAACAGAGGAUGUAGAUGCCUGUAAAUUCAAUAUUACACUACUUCAUCUGAAGGCCUGUAGUCCAUAAGCUAAGAUCCUCAGCCUACAGUUAGAGACCUGGAUAUCUAAAACAGUAAACUGGGAGGUUAGGCAUCUUAGAACAGUAAUUCAGAACUGAUGUGUAAAAAGCAAGUAACUAAACUUAGUCAAUUAAGCCUUAAUAGACCUAGAACCUUGCAAGCUUUUACCACAUCAAAUAUCUCAUGCCACUCAAGUUUCUUGGGCCAGGCCCUUCUCUUGGACACCUACAUCCUUCCUUUCAGGAGCUGAUCAAGUCUUACUUUCCCUUGUAAAUGCAGACAGAAGGUGUGUUGGUGGUAAUACCUAAACUAAACCACCCAAUGGUAUAAACGUACGUAUUUAUUGAAGACAGGCUCCACAGGCUGUAGGAUCUGAAAGCAAUACCUUCAAAGACAAUUUCUUUUUUUUUUCUCCUAUGUACCUACUGUCCUGAAUGGUGAUUACAGGAAAAUAGCCAAGUGAGGGAAGGAAGAAUUCCCUCUCAUGGCCUGUAACUGUACAGACCCGUAAGAGCCCCUUAAGAGAAAAUAACCUGAAAAAAGACUCUUAGGAAGCAGCCUGGAACUAAGGCUGCUGCAGGGUGCCCUGGGGAACAGGAACAGACUUUGGGUCAUGCAGGGAGCUGCAGUGUUGGCAGGGAUAGAAGAUGAAUUCUUUGUCCAAAAUAUGGUUGCAGGCAGGUGGCAGAAGACUUGUCCUGAGCUCUUCAGCCAUUUAGCCUAAGGUCUCAUUGUUCCACUAGUGCCAUUUGUUUUUUUUUAAUUCCUCAUGCAGCUAGCACUGCAAACUAGUGCUAUAUUGUUCAACUGUGUAACGUGACAUUGUUCUCUUAAUCAACAAUACCUAUUGGCCUCACUGUUAGAAAUUUCUAGAAGCUCACUUAACAGAUGUGGAAGGAUGUGGAACUUGUGGAACAGGUCCAGAGGAGGGCCACUAAGAUGAUCGGAGGGCUGGAGCACCGCUCCUAUGCAGAAAGGCUGAGGGACCUGGGCUUGUUUAGCUUGGAGAAGAGAAGGCUCCAGGGAGACUUCAUUGCGGCCUUCCUGUACUUGAAGGGAGCGUCUAAACAGGAGGGGGAAUGCCUGGUUACAUGUGUUGGUAGCGAUAGGUCAAAGGAGAGUGGUUUUAAAGAAAGAUGGGAGAUUUAGGUUAGAAAUUAGGAGGAAGUUUUUCACUCAGAGGGUGGUGAGACACUGGAACAGGUUGCCCAGGGAGGUUGUGGAUGCCCCAUCCCUGGAGGUAUUCAAGGCCAGGCUGGAUGCAGCUCUGGGCAGCCUGCUCUAGUGGCUGGCAACCCUGCGUAGACAAGGGAGGUUGAAACUAGAUGAUCUUUAAGGUCCUUUUCAACCCAGGCCAUUCUAUGAUUCUAUCAUAAUGCAUUAUCAGGAUUCAAGAGUGUAAUUUUCUUACAAUGGUCUGAGUGGUUACAACCUUUUUUGGUACCUGUUGGUAAAAUGCAGAAGUCUUGUCUUCAUUAGUACAACACCCUAAUAUUUUUUAUAAACAUAACAUAGUUUACUUGAGAAAAGCAAGUGUAUCCACUCUGAUUCAGCAACGUGUUUUGUUUAACAAAUUUAACUUUCAAGUAUUUUUCAUCUCAGAAUCAUUGUUUUACUUGAGCUGCUUCACCUAAGCAUUGCUGUUACAGCUUCUUUUGUCAUUUAUUUUUUUUUGUUGUUUUAGUUUUCUUGACAUUAUACUAUUUUAUGUUCUACUACAUGUUCUGCUUCCCUGACCUCAGAAACAUCUGGUUCUAACAUGGUGGUAGCUUUUCAAGACAAAACAAUAAAAGAAUCAAAAGACAAAACUACUUGAAUCUUUCAGUAUUCAUUGUUAAGAGACACUAAUGUGGAUUUUUGACAAUGGUCAUUUGUGUGUUAUUAUUACCACACACUCUCCUUUCAGUGCAUUCUUGGGUGAUGCUUUUAAGUGUAAAUUGAGCUAAUAGUGUUAUAUUUAGGAAAACCAAUGUGCAUCCUUCCAGGCAUCCAUUACUACAUCUCUUCUGGUCAUCUUUCAAUUUGGAAAAGGUUACUGAUCCUCAUGUUCCAGACCUUGAGCGCUUUUUUUUUAAAUUGCAGUUUUGUACUAGUGUGUUGGCUAUUUCAAAUAACCUUGCAGUAUUAGGAUAUGUAUGUAAUGAAGGGCAGAUCCAGCGUUGGAGUGUUAAUGUCAUCUGAAUUACUGUUGGACACAUUUACUCAAAUGUGAGCCUACUCAAAUGAAAUUGCUGAAGUAAUUUCUUCCCAGACAGUGUUGAGAUCCAACCUGGUUACACCACUGUUUACCUUACCCAGACAGAAAACAGAAGGGGACUAGAAGAACAUCACUGUGGGUGGUGAUUUGGUAGGGCGGGGGAGAACAGCCUGUUUUCUCAUCAUCUCAUUGGUGUUAAGAUUCAAAUGUUAUUCAAGACUUCCUUAAAUCUGGUAGCUCAGAGUAUUUUACACUGUCACCUAAAAUGGUUAAUUAUGGUUAUUUGAUAUUUAAAACAUAUCCGUUUGAACUACUUCUAGUGAUGCUCUUCCAUUUUCUUAAAGAACUUUAGCAGAUUUAAGGCGCUUACUCUGCUACUGGGUAAUGCAAGUCUUUCUUCAUACCAGACCUAUCUUACUUUCUCAUGUAUGUCACUGCUCUUUACUUGUGGCUAAACUUUUCCGUUCUAGUUGCCUUGUUAACAUUUUGGCCUGAAAAACGGGGGUAAAGGAAGGGAUGUCUGUGAGAACUGCUUUUCCGUUCUGUGCCUGGGUUAAAUGAUGUUUAUCUUUGGUUCUUGUGGAGGCAUUAAACAUUACAUUAAUAAAUAAAUGAAAAAAUCUGGAUAGUA